GAGUGCAUCUCCAUUCAUGUGGGCCAGGCUGGGGUGCAGAUGGGCAAUGCUUGCUGGGAGCUCUACUGCCUGGAGCAUAACAUCCAGGCUGAUGGCACCGUGCCCAGCAACAAGACCCUGGGGAGUGGUGAUGACUCCUUCAACACCUUCUUCAAUGAGACAGAGGCUGGCAAACAUGUGCCCAGGACUGUCUUUGUGGACCUGGAGCCUGCUGUCAUAGAUGGGGUAAGAACUGGCAUUUAUAGGCAGCUCUUUCACCCUGAGCAGCUGAUAUCUGGCAAGGAAGACGCUGCAAACAACUAUGCCCGAGGCCACUACACUGUGGGGAAGGAGAUCAUCGAUCUGGUACUGGAGAGAAUCCGAAAACUGACAGACCAGUGCACUGGACUCCAGGGCUUCCUGGUCUUCCAUAGCUUUGGAGGUGGCACUGGCUCAGGCUUUACCUCUUUGCUGAUGGAGCGGCUUUCUGUUGACUAUGGCAAGAAGUCCAAGUUGGAAUUUGCUAUCUACCCAGCCCCUCAAGUGUCCACGGCGGUUGUAGAGCCCUAUAAUUCCAUCUUGACCACCCACACCACCCUGGAGCACUCAGACUGUGCCUUCAUGGUAGACAACGAGGCCAUCUAUGAUAUCUGCCGCCGCAACCUGGACAUCGAGUGCCCAACCUACACCAACCUCAACCGGCUCAUUGGCCAGAUUGUGUCCUCCAUCACUGCCUCCCUGCGUUUUGAUGGUGCCCUCAAUGUGGACCUCACGGAAUUCCAGACCAAUCUGGUGCCCUACCCCCGCAUCCACUUUCCCCUGGUGACCUACUCGCCCAUUGUUUCGGCUGAGAAGGCCUAUCAUGAGCAGCUCUCCGUGUCAGAGAUCACCAAUGCCUGCUUUGAACCCUCCAAUCAGAUGGUCAAGUGUGACCCCCGCCAUGGCAAGUACAUGGCCUGCUGUGUGCUCUAUCGUGGAGAAGUGGUGCCCAAGGACGUGAGCGCAGCCAUUGCCUCCAUCAAGACCAAGCGCACCAUCCAGUUUGUAGACUGGUGUCCUACAGGUUUCAAGGUUGGCAUCAACUACCAGCCCCCCACAGUGGUACCUGGGGGUGACCUCGCUAAGCUGCAGCGGGCAGUGUGCAUGCUGAGCAACACCACAGCCAUCGCUGAGGCCUGGGCCCGCCUCAACCACAAGUUUGACCUGAUGUAUGCCAAGCGUGCAUUUGUGCACUGGUAUGUGGGUGAGGGCAUGGAGGAAGGAGAGUUCUCUGAGGCCCGAGAGGACCUGGCUGCCCUGGAGAAGGAUUAUGAAGAAGUGGGCUCAGAGUCUAUGGAUGGCGAGGAUGAGAGCGAAGAGUUCUAG